CUUUUAAUAUCGUUAAAAAAUAUUUUAAAGAAAUAAAACACACCACUUUUAGCUCCUUUCGUUAAAAUCAAACCUUGCUCCAGUCCUCUCCAAUCUUCAACGUUCGGCCCCUCCCCUCCAAUCAGACGAAGCCGGCGACCGCCACUCACCCUCUACGAUCAGAAGACGCCCGAUACUGCAACUCCGAGCUGACUAGCCGCUCUUGCCUCCGUUUUGGUUACUUGCUGUCUCGGUUUAAAGGUGUUGGUUUGCGUGGGGGUGGAGAUGAAAGUAAAAGUUUUGCGUAUCCUUUAUAUAUCUAAGCCUGUACAUUCUCUAAAUAUUUAUUGCUAUAUGGGGUCACAUUUUUUCCCUCAAACUUUGCAUUGAUGAAAAAAAAAAGAGAAUAAUGCUCAAGUUAUAUAAAUCUUAAAGGAGUGCAAGAAAACAAAAAACUAGAAGUGCAACAGAUAUAUAAACAAGCAACUAUAACACUAAUAGAGGAAAUAUUAAGCAUGUGAAAUAAGACGUAAAACUUAAAUAGAGGAGCCAAUAAAAUGAUGUAAUCGAGUUGGGAUGAGUUGACCCCAGAUGAAUAAAAAGCUACUAGUGAGGAGCUACCUUGAAAAGGACAACAAGACCUUUCAAACCAAAGUACCAAAAACAAGGCCUACAAUGCUUAAACCCAAAGAACUGUAAUCUUCCAGCAACUCUUUGCACCAAAAACAAAUUAAUAGCAUUUUUAUCUGUGAGAAUUUCUUUAAAGCUACAAAUGGAUUUGACCCGAGACCAUGAGAGAUCCAAGAAUUGAUUCAAAUUAUAUUAGAGAGCUUUGCUCCCUCAUGUUGAUGUCGAUGAAAAUUUGGGUUAUAUACUUCUUAAUUAGAGCCAAUAAAUGUCAACCAAAUAAGAACAUUUGGAUGGAAUUUGAGGAGAUAGAAAAUGGGAUGUCAACCAUUGGUUCUAUUAAGCUCAAAUUUGCAACUUCAUAUGCUUAUAAAUUUUCGAACUUAUUUGGUGGAAAGCCUCUGACUUGGUUAUGUUGAAACGCCCCUUGGAGAUAAUCCUGUUCCUUAUCUUUGGAACUCAAUGAUAGAAAGAAUCUCUAGAAGAUCUUAUAUGUAUGUAUAUAAAAAUUCUCUAUGUGAUUGAAUAGAUAAAAACAGCUCAUCUAUAUGCACUUUAUUUCUAAGAGGGAUUGACGAACUUUUAUUCAAUUCGUCUUGUCUAGCUUCACCGUUGAUUUCAUUUCCAUCUUUCAGUUGCCUAGCAAAGUUGCUUCAACGUUUCAAUGUAGAAUGAGGAAUGUCCUUUUGGCUACCAAAGGAUUUGAUGAUGGUAUUAAUCGUAUUUUAUUAGAACGAAAUUUCUAAUGCCAAAAAUGGUGGUCGGCUUGGCCUUGCCAAACUCAAAGAGGCCAAUAUAGAUCAAAUGGAUCCAGAUUACCCCAAAAGAGUCUACACACGUACCUGAUUUUCAUCUGUGCUCCACAAAUUGCCAUGGCAAACUUUGAAGAAAUAGCCCUUGAAAACUUUGUGUUACAUGCAAGUCUCUCUUACAGUUUUCUUUGGUUUCAAGAUUGGCAGUAGCAAUAAUAUUAGCUUUUAUGGAAUGACGCUCUUUCCUUAUAUUUCCCUGCUUUAAGGUAGGAAUUCAGAGGUUUUUCAUCAUCUCUUUCUACCCUGUUGAACUACUCGAACUUUUGCUCUUUCCUUUUCUCACAAUUAAGCUUGAAUUGGUUAUCCAUGUCCAACAACUCAUGCCAUUGUUGAGGUCCUUUUGGGCCGCCUCUUUUGGGGCAAGGGAAAGUUUAUUCGGAAGUGUAGUCUUGAGUGUUUUGUGGGAUGCUUGGGUUAAAACCCACAAAAUCGUCCAACGAAAAAUUUUCCACUUUAUAAAAUUAGGUCGAUUAGUCACUUGAAGUUUCUUACAUUGUGUUCUUUUCUGGUACCUCCCUUUUGUACUUUAAAUAUCUUUUCUCAUUGAUGUGUUUGGCUUGAUUUCUUGUCAUGUGCCUUUUUGUAUCUCCUUUUUCUUGUCAUUUUCUAUCAAGUAUAAUAACAUUUGAAUUCUGUACCUGUCAGUAUGAUAGCUUUGUUGGCUGUUGCAUAAUAUUCAUCUGCAUCAAUACAUUAGAAAGGAUUUCUUUCAAAAUUUUAAUCUACUAUAUCUGCAAUUAGAUUUUCCUUGACUUAGAUGCCCUCCAUAAACAUAUGUUCGGGGUUCAAAAAGAGUGGCAUGCUGUUGCAUCAUGGACUUGGAAUGCCCAAGAUGAAACAUGUGGAAUUUGUAGGAUGGCCUUUGAUGGUUGUUGCCCUGAUUGCAAGCUCCCUGGAGAUGAUUGCCCAUUGAUUUGGGGUGCAUGCAACCAUGCUUUCCAUCUUCAUUGCAUCCUAAAAUGGGUGAAUUCACAGACUUCUCAGGCUCAUUGCCCCAUGUGCCGCAGAGAAUGGCAAUUCAAGGGGUGAUAUCGCAAUUGUAUUACUUGUGACUCACCGACUAUUUGGACAUUCGGUCCCUAGUUAGGUGUUGCUGUGAGACAGUGGGCCUUAGCUAACGAGGUAGCUCUUUGAGCUAUUUUAAGGUUACAUUUCUUCAGUGUAUUAUAUAAUAUGAUCGGGAAUUGAAGCCGAGUUUGUGUUUCUCAAGUCUUAUCGAGUCCCACCUUCUUUGUAUGCUUGGAUAGGACCUUACAAGACGAACGAGCAGGGUUGAAGUUUGAUCCUAUUAGGAUUAGAUGACAUGUGAAAUAACCAUUAAUUUUUUGUUUUCUAUCUGUCAUUGGCUGUUAGAGAGUUGGAAUUGUGGAAAUGGUUUGCAUUUGUAGAAUUCAUAUUUAUAGUUCUUUUUAAGUAGAGUUUUUCUCAA